GGAAGAAACGGCGAGUAGGUUCGCAUCCUCAGCGUUGCCGAUUUACUCUCCCAAAACUCCUCCUCCCUCCCUAACUAGCUACCCACCAGCCUAUACCUAGCAUUCCCUGGGAUUGAUCGAUCGAUCGAUCACUUCACCGGCGUUGAACUGUGAAUUAUGGCCCCAGAAGUGCCAGUCGACACCUUCAGAGGCACCGGUGGGAAGGUUGCGACCCUUAACAGUAGGGCCUACUCAAAGAGGGCCUACGUGACGUUCCUGGCCGGUAACGGGGACUACGUCAAGGGAGUUGUUGGAUUGGCCAAGGGUCUUCGCAAGGUGAAGAGUGCGUACCCGCUGGUGGUGGCCAUCUUGCCAGAUGUCCCCGAAGAACACCGUCAGAUCUUGAGGUCUCAAGGUUGCAUUGUCCGUGAGAUCGAGCCCAUCUACCCGCCUGAGAACCAAAUCCAGUUCGCCAUGGCUUACUAUGUCAUCAACUACUCCAAGCUACGUAUAUGGGAUUUUGAGGAGUACAGCAAGAUGGUAUAUCUGGAUGCAGAUAUUCAGGUGUAUGACAACAUAGACCACCUGUUUGACAGACCAGACGGCUUCUUCUACGCUGUGAUGGACUGUUUUUGCGAGAAGACAUGGAGUCACUCACCCCAGUACUCCAUUGGAUACUGCCAACAGUGCCCCGACAAGGUGACAUGGCCCGCUGAGAUGGGCUCUCCACCUCCUCUCUACUUCAACGCUGGGAUGUUCGUAUUCGAGCCUUCUCCUUUGACCUAUGAAACCCUUCUUGAGACUCUGCAGAUCACACCUCCAACGCCGUUUGCUGAGCAAGAUUUCCUCAACAUGUUCUUCCAACACAUUUACAAGCCUAUUCCUCUGGUGUACAAUCUGGUCCUGGCCAUGCUCUGGCGCCACCCAGAGAACGUUGACCUCGACAAAGUCAAGGUGGUCCACUACUGUGCAGCGGGAUCCAAGCCAUGGAGGUAUACCGGAAAAGAAGCAAACAUGGACAGAGAGGAUAUUAAGAUGUUAGUGGCUAAAUGGUGGGAUAUGUACAACGAUGAGUCACUGGAUUUCAAGUCGGACGACGCCGUUCCCAAGGGAGACACCUUCUCCAGAGCAUCCCUCAUGGCUACCAUGCCCGAACCCGAGAUGGCCUAUAUCCCUGCACCCUCUGCAGCUUGAGCAACGGUGUUAAUCCUACAUCUUUAUGUUUCAGUUUGAUGACACACCCUUACAUAGACUCUCUUCCUUUUCAAACUUUUCAAGUAAUAUAUUGUGUAGCAGGCAAUUUGCUUUUAGUUUUUCUUUUCCUUUUUUAUAUGGAUUGGAAUUAAUGUUCUCUUCACUAAAUACGUUUGUUAAUUGUUAGCA